UGUUUGUUAUUCUCUUCCGUGGUAUUUCACUGAUUAGUGAAAAUGACAAUGAAGAUGCCGAGGCCUUCUUUCAGAACAUUGGACCUCUAGCAGUAAAAAGAUACAAAUUUUCGGAUGUAAGGAAAAUGACCAACUCAUUUAAAGAUAAACUAGGUCAAGGCGGUUAUGGUGAUGUGUACGAAGGUAAGCUAUUGAAUGGUUGUUGUGUGGCUGUGAAGGUUCUUAAAGCAUCCAAAGGGAAUGGAGAGGACUUUGUUAAUGAGGUUGCAAGCAUUAGUAGAACUUCCCAUGUUAAUAUUGUCACUCUUUUGGGAUAUUGCUUUGAAGGUAAGAAAAAAGCGCUCAUAUAUGAGUUCAUGCCCAAUGGAUCACUUGAGAAGUUCAUAUAUACAGACAGUAAUCCUUUGAAAACUACUCCACACUUGGAAUUGGAAGGACUCUUUCAAAUUUCUAUCGGGAUAGCUCGAGGGCUGGAGUACUUGCACCGUGGGUGCAACACACGAAUCCUGCACUUUGACAUAAAACCACAUAAUAUCCUUUUGGAUGAAAACUUUUUCCCAAAGAUUUCUGACUUUGGUCUUUCUAAACUUUGUACAAGGAAGGAGAGCAUUAUUUCAACGUUGGAUGCUAGAGGGACAAUAGGGUAUAUAGCUCCAGAAGUGUUCUCCAGAAACUUUGGAAGAGUGUCUGCCAAGUCCGAUGUCUAUAGUUAUGGAAUGAUGAUUCUGGAGAUGGUUGGAGGAAGAAAGAAUGUUGAAGCUCGAGUAAGCCGCACCAGUGAAAUUUAUUUUCCAAAUUGGGUUUAUGAGCAUCUUGAGCAGGGCAGCAAUUUCGGGUUGCUCAAUGCAGAGACCGAAGAGGAAAAGGAAAUCGCGAGGAAGAUGAUCUUAGUGGGAUUGUGGUGCAUACAGACAAGGCCAUCUGAUAGGCCAUCCAUGACUAAAGUGAUUGAAAUGUUGGAAGGAAGCAUUGAAGCCUUGCAAAUGCCACCAAAGCCAGUCCUAUCUUCUCCUGUGAGAUCACCACCAGAAUCUUCCACCUUAUCAACAUUAAGUUGAUAUCUUCUCUAGAUUACUGGCUGCAUAUUUGAUUAUUCACUACCUUGAUAUGUAAAGUGCAUUUAAGUAAUAAUCUUUUCCCUUGUACAUUUAUCAUUUUGUCAGA